AUGACAGCUAAACGCAGUCUGUCUCCACUAAGACCCUUGUCGACGAGCGAGGUGUCGAUUUCACAGGUAUCUCCAGGCGGGAAGAGACGCCAUUUGAAUAGCGUCAAUGACGAUUCAUUGAUGUCCCUCUCAUUGCCCUCACCUAGUGCUUCUCCUAUCCAUUCAAGUACAGAUUCAAGUGAGACGUCGAACUUGCCGUUACUAUUGUCGAUUAUCAAAAACACGCCAAGGGGAGAGUUGUCCCAUUUACAUGCUUUUCUAUUGAAUUUUUUAAAGAGGGACAUUCUCUUGGGACUACCUCUUGAGAUAUCCAUUGUUAUUUUAUCGCAACUAGACAAAGGCGACUUGGUUCAUUGCAUGAUGGUGUGCAAGCAAUGGAACUUGCUUAUAAAUAAUACCCCGGAAUUAUGGAAACGUCUUAUAUUUAGAGACUCUCUAAUAACCAGUGCGGAGGAAUUCGAGAGAGACUAUGCAGCCCUUGAGCAGAAUGGUACUAAAAGGGUGAACAUUCCGAAACAAAUGUACAAACUUCGAUAUACAGUAUUGAAACGUUGGAUGGAUCCAACCUUCACCCCCCAUCGCCAGGUUCUUGAAGGCCCGGAUUUGAAUGUCAUCACUUGUCUCCAGUUCGAUAAUGAGAAAAUAGCCGCUGGCUCAAAUUCAUGCCAAAUUCUCAUUUAUAAUACUCAAUCAGGUGAGUUGAUACAUACAUUACUUGGCCAUACAGGCGGUGUUUGGGCAAUGAAGUUCUAUGGUGAUAUACUUGCAUCUGGAUCCACCGAUCGCACAGUGAGAAUAUGGAAUACACGCACGGGGAAAUGCACCCACAUCUUUAAGGGACAUACGUCCACAGUGAGGUGUCUUGAAAUUGUACAACCGCAACGGAUCGGAACCGAUGUCCAGGGGAACCCUAUAAUGUUCCCCGAAGAACCUAUGCUAGUGAGUGGGUCAAGAGAUGCAACACUCUAUCUAUGGAAGCUACCUAUCAAUGACUCGGAUUCAGAAGCUCCUUGGGAGUUUGACGUUGGUGAAAAUCCGUACUUUGUCAACGUAUUAAAAGGCCACUUGGCCAGCGUGAGAACAGUGACUGCUUAUGCAAACCUCGUCAUUUCAGGUAGCUAUGAUUCUACGGUGCGUGUGUGGGACAUCUCCACAUGCGAGUGUAAAUAUACAUUGGAAGGGCAUUCUGACCGGAUUUACUCUGUUGUUUAUGAUCCUCAUAGACAUAGGUGCUAUUCAGCUAGUGUGGAUAAUACAGUACGUAUAUGGGAUCUGGAAACAGGAGAGUGUUUGCAUAUAUUGGAAGGCCAUCAAAUAUUGGUUGGUCUGGUCACUGCUUCCCGGAAUGCACUUGUAUCGGCGGCGGCAGACUCAACAGUCCGUGUCUGGGACCAAGACACGGGACAUGCAAGAGUGGUUUUCCGGGGGCAUUCUGGCGCCAUUACCUGUGUUGUCAACGAUGAUUUCAAAGUUGUGAGCGGUUCACAGGGAAUGCUGAAAUUGUGGGAUGUACAAACGGGUAAGUUUGUAAGAGAUUUAGUUGAAGGUGUAGAUGGUUCUGUAUGGCAAGUAUGCAUUGACUGGAAACGUUGCGUGAGUGCAGUUCAGCGUGGUGAUGUCACCGUCUUAGAGGUUCUUGAUUUCACCAAGGGUCUAGUCUAG